AUGAAAAAAAAGACUUCAACCAUUUCGAUCUCUAGGGAUUGGAGGAAACGAAUUUUAUACGUUAUAUUUAGUCUAAUAAUUUUAUGUAGCAUCGCAAAUUUUAUGCUCGUAAUCUUACCAAGAACUUUAUACUCUUCCGAAUACGUGAAAAUCAACCAUGCUCCCGAAGAUAAAAAUAAAUCUGGACAAGGUAUUGAGGUGGAAAAGGAUGAAUUUAGUCAUAUAAAAGAUAUUCAUAAACAUGAUAAAAAGGUUGAUCGAAAGUUUUGUUACGGAUUAGAAUGCAAAUUCUUGUUGGCUUAUUAUCCACCAACAAUGGAAAUAUCGACGACAAAUAUUGAAUUCAUAACAUACAUAAAACUGGCGGAAUCGCUCGGACGUAUAAUGGUAUUAACAAACGUUGGAUCAAAUAAAAUUUCAACGUGCCAACAUUUUCCAUUUGAUUUUUAUUAUGACGUAGAUAAAUUAAAGGAGAUGUUUCCUGGCGUAAAAUUUAUUUCUCAAAAAGACUUUCAAAAAUGGUCUUAUCAUAGAUAUGAUAAACCUUCAACCUCUCAUUAUUAUUUAAUCAAUGGGGGUGAACAAAAUUCCAUAAUGCCAGUCACAUCUUAUUCCGAUACAUUGAGGAAAAAGUGGUGUCUAGAUAAGUUUCAAUUAAAAUUAAAUGAUAAAACUCCAUUUGAACAAUUAAGGGUCUCAUGGAACACUUGGGAAUUGGAAGACGGAAGAGAGGUCUUGCAAGAAUUCCUUGUGAAUAGUUUGCAGGAUAACUCUAAAGUGUUAUUAAUCAGACAUGAUAUAAGACAACCUUUACUUCUAGACGAAUUCCCUCCCUUACCUUAUGCAAAACACAUCAGAGAUUCAUCCUCAAAAAUUAUAAAUUCUCUAAAACCUUAUAUAGCAAUUCAAUGGGACAUCCAACAUAUAGCACAAUACGCUUUACCGGAAUGUGCCCAUAACCUCUUAACUCAAGUACAAAAAACGGUUGAUAUAAGUUCCAUAGAAAAUGUUUAUUUUGCCUCAGAUUAUCCUUUACGUUAUUUAAACGAAAUAGUUUCUUUAAAUUCUUCUGAACCGUUCUUUCAGCCUUCUUCUAUAUGGCGUCACAUCUCGGUUUCUCAUACCAAAGCAAUGGAGAUGAUUGCGACAACAAUUCCUUUUCAAACUGCGGAUUCUUUGGGUGUUAUGAAACAUUUACAAGAUGCUUUAAAAGACGAAUUUGAAAAUAGUGGCGUUAGAAAUAUUUUGGAUAAAUUAGUUUGUAUUGAAGCUGAUAUUUAUAUCGGCCUUCCAAGGCAGCAUUGUACCAAUCCUAUGGAUCUUAAAAGAUCAAAGGUUGUUGUGGAAAUGAGAAAUAAACUUUGGAAUAAUUUAUCUAAAGAUAUUAAAAACGCAUUUUACACUCUCUCUGCCGAAUUUAUAUUUGCAGCAUCUUUACAAUCUUCCACAACAUCCGAAACGUCAACCGAACCAACAACAAAGCCUUCUCUUGAUUCACCAUCUUGUGAUGAGAGAUUCUUGACAUAUUUGCCUCAUAGUGGGUUUCAUAAUCAACAUGGAUCCCUUAUGAAUGCUAUGUUGUUAUCAUAUAUUACGAAUCGUACUUUAAUUAUCCCGCCUAUCUUAAUUUAUUACAUCAACCCUUAUAAACCAUAUAAUACUCUAUAUGAACUAUUAAAUAAAACCGUUACAAUUAAAAAGUAUCGAAUGACUCAUUGCACGAACGUUACGAUCGAAAACGAAUCGUCAGAUGAUGAUGAUGACCUUUGCAGCGAGGAGUAUUCUGAAUAUGAUAAAUUUACAAUGUUAGAUUGGGAACAACUAUUUGAUUUCUCCGAGAUAAAAAAGUAUAUCAAAAUAGUACAUCGCGGAUAUGAUUUCUCAUUGGAUACUUUACUAGAACAAUUUUCCACAUCAAAAAAUGAGACCUUUUUCAUCGUUGAAAGUCAACACUAUGAUUUUAGAUAUUUCGAUAAUGAUCAUUCCGAGGAGGGUCUGGAACGAUUUAAGAAGAAAAUUUUUACGUCAGAUUUAUUGAAAAUCGACAAAAAAUUAUUACAUUUCCAUUCAUUAUUUAGUCAUUAUAGGAUAGUAUUGGAACAACCAAAGAAUAUUCAUUUUAAUCAUCUAAUCCAUAGUAACUUUAUGAUUAAUAAUCUGAAAUUAUUGAAUAUAAGUAACAAAAUCAUGCAAAUAUUAGGUGGAAAAGGGUUUUACUUUGGUUUACAUGUCAGAGUUGGUGAUGGUUCAUUUCAAAAUCGGUUAAAUGAAAAUUUAAAAUUCAUCAAUGAUGAAUUAAAAAAAUUCCUUAAAAACAACACAAUUCCAUCUUUAGAUACUAGUUACUUGAAUAGUAACGAAAAGAAGAAGGAAUAUUCGACUUAUAGUCUACAGGAGUGUUUAGCUCAUAAUUUACCUAUUAUUUACAUUGCAACGGAUGCGAAAAAACCCAUCAAAACACUUAAAUUCCUAUAUGAUAGAUUUCCAUGUAUCUUUACUUUAUUUGAUUUUAACACCGAUUUAAAAGAAUUUGGUAAAACUUCAAGUGAUUUUGCUCCGAAUAUUGACCUACUUAAAUUUUACAUACCUAUAAUUGAUUAUCUUAUAGUAUCUUACGGUGGGGUUUUUAUCGGUACUGUAAAUAGCACCUUUUCAAGAAUGGCUUAUGAAGUGCAUGAUUUGUAUAGGGAUGGAGAAUUCAAACAUCAUUUUUAA